AUGUCGGCGUUUAAUGAGCCUGCCGACAUGGCAGACCCGCGCGGUUUGGACGACCACAAAUGGAGUCUACAGCCACUGCUUCGCAAAGCUGAGCGCUCGCAUAGCAAGAUACCUGGCAUCAGAAAGAUUCCUCUGCGUGCUCUUGGGAUAAUCGCACUUAUUACCUUUUUGAAUAUUCUAGUUUGGGUUGCGGCAGCCAUUGUACUCAGUUAUCACCCCUCGUUGGUUUCGACAGCUGCCCUAGCCUAUUCCCUCGGGUUGAGACAUGCGUUUGAUGCCGACCAUAUCUCUGCUAUCGACUUAAUGACUAGAAGACUCCUGGCCACUGGACAAAAGCCCGUUACCGUGGGCACAUUCUUUUCACUUGGUCAUUCAACUAUUGUAAUCAUCACAUCUAUUGUUGUUGCAGCUACUGCGGCCGCUGUCUCCUCGCGCUUUGACAGUUUCAGCACGGUUGGUGGGAUCAUUGGCACCUCUGUGAGCGCUGCAUUCCUCAUCCUGCUGGGUUUGAUGAAUGCAUAUAUUCUAUACAAACUCGUCAAACAGAUGCAAAAGGUCUUCAGCCUCCCUGAGGGCCGUGAAGAUGAAGCAUGGAAGAUUGAGGGAGGAGGAAUCCUGUUCUCAAUCCUGAAGAAGAUGUUCAAAUUGAUUGAUCGUCCAUGGAAGAUGUAUCCCCUUGGGAUCCUUUUUGGUCUUGGGUUCGACACCUCCUCUGAGAUCGCUCUGCUUGGGAUCUCAUCAAUCGAGGCAGCCAAGGGAACCUCUUUCUGGGUGAUUCUCAUUCUCCCGGCUCUGUUCACCGCCGGAAUGUGUCUCCUGGACACAAUCGAUGGAGCCCUGAUGUUCGCUCUAUACAUCCAACCAGCGGCGAAUUUCCUCCCGAAGAAGCCAGCCAGCACCGCCUCAGACAGUGCAUCAACAGUCAGCGAUCCAGAUGAGCUCCCACAAUCGCACAAUAACCACCGUGAUCCCGUCGCAUUCCUAUAUUACUCCAUCGUACUGACCACACUCACCGUCAUCGUGGCGAUCGUCAUUGGCGUGAUCCAGCUGCUCAGUCUCAUCUUGAAUGUUACCGAUGCCAAAGGCAAAUUCUGGGACGGCGUCCAAGUUGCCGGUGACUACUAUGAUGCUAUUGGUGGUGGUAUCUGCGGUUGCUUUAUUCGACAUGGCAAGAAUGUUGUGAAUGAUGAAGAGCGGUAUCGGGAUGAAGAUGACACCCCUGACGAUGUUGCUGAUAGUAAUCCCUUCGUGGCUGAGACGACGGCUGGUACUCAGCACGGAGGCACUACUACAGUGGAUGCUAAAGGAGCUUGGUCUCGGGUUGCUGUGAAGGAGACUGCCGAGCCGAGGAUUGAAGAGCACAUUUUAUAA